AUGUCUGACAACAAGGAAUUCACCCUCAAGGAGGUGGCUCAGCACAACACCAAGAAGGACCUGUUCCUGAUCGUCCACGACAAGGUCUACGACUGUGGCAGCUUCGUUGACGAGCACCCCGGUGGUGAGGAGGUCCUCCUCGACGUCGCGGGCCAAGACGGCACCGAGGCCUUUGAGGACGUCGGCCACUCCGACGAGGCGCGGGAGAUCCUCGACGGCCUGCUCGUCGGCACCGUCAAGCGCAUGCCCGGCGACCCCGCGCCCCGCGCCCCCGCUACGACUGCCCCGGCCUCCUCCUCUUCGUCUUCCGGUGGCUUCGGUAUCGGCCUCUACGCUGUUAUCCUGGUCGGUGGUGCCGUUGCUUAUGCGGCGUAUAACUACCUGCAGGCUCAGCAGGCUCAGCAGUAG